GCGGGUGACUCGAUUCCGGACAGCUAAGGUUAUCGAUAAAGGUGCCCCCGAUCGCCCCAUGCGCCUUCUUUCCCCUUCACAACCUUCUACACCUUACAUUCACAAUUUAAAUCUCAUUUACUGUUCUUACUGUACUAAGGACAGUCAAGCAAUGAUCCCUCGAAUACAAGUCUGAAUCGCGCCAGAGCAAAGGCCAACCGGUCCCACUUCGAUAUCUAUCCCCGACCGCAACGUCACUACCCUAGAGGUCCCUCCGUUAGGAGCCUUUCCACCGAAACAUGCCAGUACACCCAAAAACAAAUCCCGAAGAGCGGAAACGAGGCGAAAUCGCCCUCAGCGAGUUCGCCGAGUAUGCCGAGAAGCAGCAAUCGCACCGUUCAGCUGUCGCUGUACCCAGUGAUAGUGGCUAUGAGACAGGAAGCGUGGCGCCAAGCCUGGAAGACCAUGCCGAACUAGACAUUUUGGAUCAACUCUGCCUUUCCGACACCCCCCGCACCGUAAAGUUGAAGGAGCUUCUCGUGGGGACGGGAGAGGAUACCGAAAAUAGUCUGCAGCUGCUAGCUGGAAUAUUGCAAGCGCGCACCGACGAAGGCCUCGGUGAGACUAUUUUCGACCUUGGUCUCGAAGACGGUGGUGAUUCAAUGGGCUUCGACCUUCCUCAGUGGGAGACCGCUCUACAGAGGCUGCGCGAAGCUGCCGAAACUAUCCCUGCCCACUGCCGAAUACUUCUUACCUACAAUGUUGGGGGUCCUCAGGAAUGCCCGAAGAAGGAAGAUCGACCCAAGGAUGUAUGGGGUAAGGUGCUGAUCCGUCAACAUGCGGUCAACAUAGAAGAUAUGGCGGAAAUUCGAAUGGCUGUGGUGGGCAAUGUCGAUGCAGGCAAAAGUACCAUGCUUGGUGUGCUAGUCAAGGGCAGUCUUGAUGAUGGUCGUGGUCGUGCACGACUCAAUCUCUUCCGCCACAAGCAUGAAAUUGAGAGCGGGCGCACUAGCUCUGUCGGGUUGGAAAUCAUGGGGUUUGAUAGUCACGGCGAGAUUGUUGCCAAUUCGCAGGGUCGAAAACUGUCCUGGGAAGAAAUAGGGAAAAAGUCCGCCAAGGUGAUCUCCUUCUCUGACCUUGCGGGCCACGAGCGGUACCUGCGAACUACCGUUUUUGGUAUGCUGAGCAGCAGCCCCAACUACUGUUUGCUGAUGGUCGCCGCGAAUAAUGGCCUGAUUGGAAUGAGUCGUGAACACCUGGGCAUUGCCCUCGCACUCAAUGUGCCUGUCAUGGUCAUUAUCACUAAGAUUGACAUUUGCCCGCCCCAGAUCCUCCAAGAGACUCUGUCUCAGCUGUCGAAGAUUCUCAAAUCACCUGGUGCGCGCAAAAUCCCCAUAUUCGUCAAGGACAUGGAGGAGACUAUCAAUACCGCGGGUCAGUUCGUCAGUCAGCGGAUUUGCCCUAUUUUCCAAGUCUCCAAUGUGACUGGUGAAAACCUGGACCUGGUCCGAACUUUCCUCAACAUUCUCCCCCACCGGGGUCACUAUGACCAGGAUGGUCCCUUUGAAUUUUUGAUCAACGACACCUUCUCCGUCCCCCAUGUGGGCACUGUGGUCUCCGGUGUCGUCAAGUCUGGUGUGAUUCACGCUGGCGACUCCGUCGUGGUGGGGCCCGACUCCCUAGGCCAGUUCACAACAACUGCUAUUAAGACCAUUGAACGCAAAAGGAUACCAGUAAAUGCUUGCUUCGCCGGCCAGUCAGGAUCUUUCGCGCUAAAGCGUGUCCGCCGCAAGGAAGUGCGUAAAGGUAUGGUCGUCUUGAAGAAGAUGGACCAACCGCCUAAGGUUUACCGGGAGUUCGUCGCCGAAGUGCUGAUCUUGUCCCACGCAACCACCAUUAAACCCAAGUAUCAAGCCAUGUUACACGUCGGAGCGGUCAGCCAGACAUGUUCGGUCAUUGACAUUGACCGCCCUUUCAUUCGAACGGGCGAUCGUGCGCUUGUUGCCUUUCGGUUCAUCCAGCGACCCGAGUUUCUGGCCCCCGGCGAUCGUGUACUCUUCCGAGAAGGUAAAACGAAAGGGCUGGGCAUCGUCAAGAGCAUUGGCUAUGACCCCAGCCAGCCGCUGAGUGCCACAACAAAAGGUGACGCAGACACCUCAAAACCUGCGAAAAAAACAUAAAUACGGUGCACGGAGCUGUGUCCCCAAUGUUUCAUCUAUUAAUUGUUUAUUUCCUAUUCUUCUGGCGGUGGCUUUGUUCUAUUGUUACAUUCUUUAUUAGCCCCACGUGAUGUGACGUCAGAUGAUGACAUCUGUCGAUCGCUGUAUCCAUUCAGAUCCAUUUUAGCUGCAGCUUGGUCCAAUUAUACUUGGGCCACUAUCGUGUCCAUAUUGUCCAUCCUGGGCUCCACUGACGUAGUAGAUUACACCUGCUGUAGAUAUAGCCCAAGACGCUCUGCCACAUGCGUACCUUUUAAUCAAUUUCAACUUAC